AUGGAUGUAAAUUUUGAAUCUCUUUUCCUUCCAUCACCAACCAAUAGAAAGAGAGCUUAUGAAGAGCUGAGCAUCAGACUAAACACCACUAAGGACAAGAGGGUUUUACGUAACCAAAGAGGGAUAAACCUGAAAGUAUCGAACAGAACUAGGCUGCAGCAAAGUCUGGCAAGGCCAGAGCCUGGCCAGGCCUUAAGGAGCAAGGUGGCCUCAAGACUAAAGAUACUAAAUAGCAGUGGUACUGUACACCAACAUUUAAAAGCAAGGGGUAAUCCUACAAGAGAAAACAGGAAUCUUGACCUCCAAGAAUUCAUGACCGAGCAGAAGCCACCAAAAAUCUCCAACUUAAACAAUGAUUUGAAUGAUAUAAGAAUCAUCAAGAAGUCAGAACCACUCUUACUCAAACAUCAAAGUAGGGAUAUUCAAGCUGUGAUCAGUAAAGAAACCCUCAAUUUCAAGCUUAGUAAAAGAAGCCCCAGGAAGAUCUUCAAGUUAAAAAGAAAGAUCCUUCUCGGCUCUCGAAGAUCCCCAAUCAGAAUAAUUAGGCCGUAUAUUGCAAAAUCAAGGCUGCGAAACCUUCAAGACCUGAGUGAUACUAACCUGCAAGCUAAUAACACCUUUGAGGAGCUUUCAGUCAUGCAUCCUCAUACCAUUGACAUUGCGAAAUAGGAACUACACGCAAAGGUUUAAGUCGAAUUGUCGCCGUAGACCUCUCCCUCGAUUAAUGCCUCCCAGCUGUAUCCUCAUGAGAAAUGAUGCCUCCACUUUCCUGUAAAUAGCAG